GUCGUAGUGUUACCCAGAACACCGACGGACCCGAAGCUCGCUUGGCUCACUCUCUACCACGUCCUCUUACGGAUAUCAUCUCUCCCAUCCCGGCGCUCUGCAUUGGGCGCCACCGACAAUAGACUGUGUUGACAAUAAUAAUAUACACUGUUAUCGUCAUUAAUUAAUAUAAUAGUUUAAAUUACAGUUGUAUUGUAUUCGAACGGUGUAACCGGACAAAACCGAUCCCGACAUGGACAUGAAUCAAAUUUUGAAAGACCUUCCUAAGGAAAUGCGAGCUAUGCACAUCAAAGGAGAAAGAGCAAAACGUGAAUUGGCUGAAUUGGAGAAAAAGGAAAAGUAUGCUGUAAGGAAGUUGAUGGAGGCAACAUUACAAAAGAAAAAGGAGAAUGAGGAAUUCACAAAAUGUCAUGUAUUUUUUCUAUGCAUUUUUAGUUGCCAGGAAAUGCAUCAAAAAAAUGCCAAUAAGACAUCGGAAUGCAAGGAAAUGGAUGAAAAUGCUACUGCAAUACAAUCYAGUGUUGAUUCAUUGGACGACGAUUUACAGAAAUUAACUUCUGAAUAAAUCACUAAUGAAAGAAACAUCCUUUUAAAAAUGUUGUUUUUUUUUCAUACAAACUUGUACGGUAGUUUCCCUAUUUUAUUUAACAUUAUUCUUUAGAUACGAUUUUAAAAAUCGUGUGUGUUUAAAAGUGUGAUCGUAUGUGUUGUAAUCGAAUAUCCCUUCAUAAAUACUAUCUAUAUAAUAUUUUCCAAUACUUUCUUUCAAUGGCAGAUUUKAAUAAAAAAAAYUGGAACUACCUAACUACCUAUCAAAUGUAUUGUGUUCUUUGAAUAUAAUAAAAACUGUCAUUAAUUUA